AGGGGUGUCAGUUGGAAUGUAGAUUGCGAAGGAGAAGGUUUGGAGAGAAAGAGAGAACGAGAGCAGGGAGAGGAAUUCAUCGGAACCAUGACUGACAUGUUGCCAGUGAUGAGAAUUGGAGUUGUGGGAUAUGGACAUAUAGGGCAGGACCUUGUGGAGCGGCUCCAGAGAACAGGGGCCCCGGUGGGCCUGACACUGGUCUUUGUGUGGAACAGAAACACUGACAAACUCAGAGAGUCGGUGGCUGAGGAGCUCAUUCUACACAACCUCCCAGACUUUACAGACAGGGGUGCUGAUGUGAUUGUGGAGGUGUGUCAUCCCAAAAUUGUAAAAGACUUUGGAGUCCAAUUCCUCUCUAAGGCCCAUUUUCUGGUGGGCUCACCUUCAGCCCUCUCAGACCCACAGCUGAACCAGGAACUGCGCCAGGCUGCAGAGCAUCAUGGGAGGACCCUAUAUGUCCCCAGUGGUGCAUUGUGGGGAGGCCAGGAUAUCCUGAGACUCAAUGAUAGUGGAUCUUUAAAGGUGCAGGGAAGGAGGGAGGAGGAAAGAGGACUUAACAAAUACAAUAUGUUCGUUUAUAAGGGAUAUGAUGACCAUGUGGUGGAGGUGGAGGUUACUGGUGCCAAUGACUUCUCUCCCUCUCCUAGACUAAGUGAUGACCAUGUGGUGGAGGUUACUGGUGCCAAUGGCUUCUCUCCCUCUCCUAGACUAAGUGAUGACCAUGUGGUGGAGGUUACUGGUGCCAAUGACUUCUCUCCCUCUCCUAGACUAAGUGAUGACCAUGUGGUGGAGGUGGAGGUUACUGGUGCCAAUGACUUCUCUCCCUCUCCUAGACUAAGUGAUGACCAUGUGGUGGAGGUGGAGGUUACUGGUGCCAAUGACUUCUCUCCCUCUCCUAGACUAAGUGAUGACCAUGUGGUGGAGGUUACUGGUGCCAAUGGCUUCUCUCCCUCUCCUAGACUAAGUGAUGACCAUGUGGUGGAGGUGGAGGUUACUGGUGCCAAUGACUUCUCUCCCUCUCCUAGACUAAGUGAUGACCAUGUGGUGGAGGUGGAGGUUACUGGUGCCAAUGGCUUCUCUCCCUCUCCUAGACUAAGUGAUGACCAUGAGGUGGAGGUUACUGGUGCCAAUGACUUCUCUCCCUCUCCUAGACUAAGUGAUGACCAUGUGGUGGAGGUUACUGGUGCCAAUGGCUUCUCUCCCUCUCCUAGACCAAGUGAUGACCAUGUGGUGGAGGUUACUGGUGCCAAUGACUUCUCUCCCUCUCCUAGACUAAGUGAUGACCAUGUGGUGGAGGUUACUGGUGCCAAUGGCUUCUCUCCCUCUCCUAGACUAAGUGAUGACCAUGAGGUGGAGGUUACUGGUGCCAAUGACUUCUCUCCCUCUCCUAGACUAAGUGAUGACCAUGUGGUGGAGGUUACUGGUGCCAAUGGCUUCUCUCCCUCUCCUAGACUAAGUGAUGACCAUGUGGUGGAGGUGGAGGUUACUGGUGCCAAUGACUUCUCUCCCUCUCCUAGACUAAGUGAUGACCAUGUGGUGGAGGUGGAGGUUACUGGUGCCAAUGGCUUCUCUCCCUCUCCUAGACUAAGUGAUGACCAUGUGGUGGAGGUGGAGGUUACUGGUGCCAAUGACUUCUCUCCCUCUCCUAGACUAAGUGAUUACCAUGUGGUGGAGGUGGAGGUUACUGGUGCCAAUGGCUUCACAGUGCAUACAGUGAGGAGGAACCCAGCCAAACUUGGAGCUGUAACUGGGAGUGCCACCUACAACUCCUUCUGGAGCAGCUUACUGGUGUGA